AUCCAUUCGGUUCCACUGGUCGCCAUAUGCUUCUUCUUCUUCACCGUCCAAAGAGUAUACAGUACGGUCGUCUCCCGUUUAUUCACUCUGCACCUGGCUCUGCAACGUCAAUGGCGAUCCAGAGACCCCCGAGGAGCAAACAGAAGCCCAGAUCCCCAAUCCUCACGCUCACACUCUCCAUCGCAGCAAUUUCCCUCUUAUACUACCUCUCUUCUCUGGUUUCUGCGAUUGGAUUCUCACUUUCCUCUGGAAGAGCCCCGGGAAGCGUUUUGUUUAACCAUCGCUCAACCUUCAAUGGCUCCGGAAAGUACGUGUAUUGGGGAAACAGAAUCGACUGUCCUGGAAAGCAUUGCGAAUCCUGCGAGGGUUUGGGCCACCAGGAGUCCAGCCUCAGGUGUGCCCUCGAAGAAGCCCUAUUUCUUCAGAGGACUUUUGUGAUGCCUUCAAGGAUAUGUAUUAAUCCAAUACACAAUAAGAAAGGGAUUCUUCAUCAGUCUGGCAAAGUGACUUCAGAGGAGACGUGGACAGCUAACUCCUGUACCAUGGAUUCUUUGUACGAUCUGGAUCUCAUAUCCAACACUAUCCCUGUAAUUCUGGACAACUCGGAAUCGUGGCAUCAUGUUCUCUCGACAGGUAUGAAGCUGGGGGACAGAGGGAUUGCCCAUGUACAAGGAGUUAGUCGGGCUGAUCUUAAAGAGAAAAGUCAAUACUCAAAUAUCUUGCUCAUUAACAGAACUGCUAGCCCUCUUUCAUGGUUUAUGGAGUGCAAGGAUCGAAAUAAUAGAAGUGCUAUAAUGUUGCCAUAUUCAUUUCUACCUUCAAUGGCUGCCAAGAAACUAAGGAAUGCUGCUGAAAAGAUUAAGACAUUCCUUGGUGAUUACGAUGCUAUUCAUGUUCGUCGAGGUGAUAAGUUGAAAACCAGGAAGGAUAGGUUUGGCAUUGCAAGGACCUUGCAUCCCCAUCUUGAUCGGGAUACCCGUCCAGAGUUUAUCCUUUGCAGAAUUUCCAAAUGGGUACAGCCAGGAAGAACACUUUUCAUCGCUUCAAAUGAGAGGAUGCCGGGAUUCUUCUCGCCUCUUGCUGUCAGGUAUAAGCUGGCAUAUUCGUCAAACUAUAGCAGUAUAUUAGAUCCAUUGAUUGAAAACAACUACCAACUGUUCAUGGUAGAAAGGCUUAUUAUGAUGGGAGCCAAAACGCUUAUACGAACAUUCAAGGAAAACGAUACAGAUCUAGGCCUCACUGACGAUCCGAAGAAAAAUACAAAGUCGUGGCAAAUUCCUGUUUAUACCAUGGAUGGGGAAAGCUGCUAGUUGCAGUUCUUCAAGAGGCUGCCAUAUUUCUAAGAUUCUUGUGCAUCACCUUCCAUGUUGUGUUUGCUCAAUUUUCUUCCUCCAUUUCUCUUGUUCUUCAAGAAGUUGAACAAGGAUGGAUUGAUUCGAGAAACCCGAAUCUUGUAGCUUUGGAUAGAUAUGAAAACAACCGUGAGCUCUGCGUGGGAAGAUUGAGAGGUUUGCCAAUGGUGUAAAUUAUGUUGCGAGAUACUUUCUUUUUGUAUACAUAUACACAGAAAGUUUCCGGAUUUCAAUUGUUUGAUUCUUUGAGCUACAUGUGUAUUGAGUUUUGGUUGGCAUAUUGAUUGAUCUUCUUGGUUAUUCCCACACGGGAAAUGGAGAUUAAGUACUGAGGAUGUUCUUUAUAAAAUAACAAUCGAAAAAGAGGUAAAUUGUCUCUAGUGUCAUGUGGUUUGGCUCAA